AUGACCGUCGAUACGACCUCGAACCAGCGACUGCGAGUGACGAUCGUCGGCGCGGGCCUCUGUGGUCUAGCCACGGGAGCUGCCAUGCGCGAGUAUGCUGAUGUUACCAUUCUGGAAAGCGCCGCUGAACUCGGGGAGAUCGGAGCGGCCGUCCACCUCGCCCCGAACGCUUAUAGGGUGAUCAAGAAUCUCGGCGGGGAUCUCCUCAAGUACGGCUCGGUACCUUGUAAAGCGUAUCGAUGCUGGUCCCCGGAAGCCAAAAUCCUCAUCGACGCCCACUUCGACCCCCUCAAGGACGAAGGCUGCGAAUGGACCUUGAACCACCGAGCCGACGUUCAAAAGGAACUUUGGAGAUUGGCAACGACCGAGAAAGGUCUGGGGAAGCCGUGCGAGAUCCGACUCAAUGCGCGAGUGGUGGAUCUGGACACCUCUACCGGCCUCGUCACCCUCGCUUCCGGUCAAACGGUCGAAGGAGACAUCAUCAUCGGCUCUGACGGCAUAAAGUCCGUCGUCCGAGCCAAGACCAUCUCUGCAUCCUACAACUCUGCUCCUUCAGGACAUUCCGCCUACCGGACCUUGGUCCCUUCACACAAGAUCGAGAGCAAUGAGCGGUUGAAAGCCUUGGGCUUGCUCGAGGGGAGGAUUACGGUCGUAGAUGGGGGCGAGAGGAGGAUCAUCUGUUAUCCUUGUCGGGAUGGGAGCUUGUUGAACUUUGUUUGUUGCUUGCCCGACUCCGAGCUCAACGAGAUCAGCGAGGAGAAAUGGACGGCCAAGGGGGACGUCGAUUCCCUGGUGAAAUCAUACGAGACGUUCGAUCCGGUCUGGCAAGAACUUUUGUCACAAGCCGAAGAUAUCGGUCUCUGGCAACUUCGGGACCAAGAACCCCUAGACAGAUGGGUGAACGGACGGUGUAUCCUCGUCGGGGACGGUGCUCAUGCGAUGUUACCGCACCAAGGUCAAGGAGCCUCUCAAGCGUUCGAAGAUGCCGAAGCCUUGGGUUACGUCCUCCGUUCCUUGACCACCUCGUCAUCUUCCUCCUCCGCUUCUUCACCACCUUCGUUUGAAGAAGUCAACGCUGCUCUACAAAGAGUCUUCUCCAUCCGGUACAAACGGGCGACUUAUAUCCAACAAUUAUCUCGUGCGGGAGGUCUGGGGGAGAUGAGGCGUAAAGGCCUCUCGCUGGCAAACGGAGAAGAGGCUCCUCCUCUGAACCCGAUGAAGCAACAAGAGUAUACUUGGGGGUAUUGGGGUGCCGAACGAUGGGAGGCUGAGCGGAAGGAUUGGUUGGCUUGA